CCACACAAACUCUGGCCCAUCUCCUAUUGCCUCCACUUUUCCUAGCUCUGGAGAGCCCCAGGCUAGGUCAGCGUAAGGGACCGGGAUAAUGGGGGCUAUGGGCACCUAGGCAGGAAUUGAAGAGUGCAAAAUCAAUACACCAAAUUCCACGUCCCAAGAAAGACCGGUUCAUUUCCUGCUCCAUAAACAUCCACACUCAACAUUUACUAGGCAAACGCUGAACGCUAAUGUUUAUGAACAACUGACUAUAUAAAGUAUGGACUUUUACUGGAAAAAGAGGAAGAAUAAUCCCUUUUUCAACACGUCUCAGUGCAAUGUGUCAGGCUUUGCUUUUCAGGAAGAUUUUUACAACUGGAGUAAAAUUUAAAAUAGGAAUUUAGAGUGAAAAAUAUGACUAACUUAAUUGCAAUAGAUUAAUAGGAUGUGCAUGCUCUAAGAAGCUUACUGUAUUUUCAUAUCUGUCAGUUAAAAAAGCAAUAAGCCAUCUGCAAAUGUUUAUGUAUGAAAUCCAUUGUAGGGAAAACAUUUGCACUACAGAGCAGAUAAGAUAAUUGAAAAUGAAAUUGCAAGAUAAGGUGUUUGACAGGGCGGAGGGAGCAGCACAGUGGAGGAAAAACCAUCCCCAUGACUACUGGGCUUUUCUCCUCCCUGCUCAGUGCUGUUUGCCUCUUCUUGGAUUCCAGAGCUUGUUUUAUUCCUCAGCAGCCCUUCCGCAGCCUGGCGGAUUCAAGCACAGUUGGAAAUUGUGGGACUGUGGUUUGUUUCAGAAAAAGAAGAAAGGAGAGUUUAAGUAGAGCUUUAGCAGCAGAUGGCUCUGCUUUGGAUCCUCUUAAACACAAAGGAAAUCUGUUUGCUGGCUUUGUAAUUAACUCGAAAAGGGAAAAGAAAUUUUGUUAAAGACAGUGUGGAUAUGACUUGAAUUUUUCAUCAGGGCUCACAACGCUUCAGUGUUUAAGACUAGGGGUGACGAAUGACCUCCUUCCUGCCAGCUCUCCAGUAACUCCUACUUCAAAACGGAAUUAUGGUUGGAAACAUGGUCUCUUUCUAGCCAGAAAGCUGAAUUCUUCAAUGCCGUAAGUAUUUAUAACAGAUUUGCUCAAACCUUCAAGGAGACCAAACACAAAGGUAGAAUCAUGGUAAUCCCUGCCUUGGAAAGCUCCAAGCAAAACACCUGAGUUUUAAGGGAAGGGACAUGCUCAUAGAUGCAAAAUCUUCAUGGCUAAGUUUUGGCAUACUCUGGGAGAUGCUUCAUGAUGGAUAAAGCCGUUCAGCAUCCUAGUGAGAUUUUAUCUAAUAGGACUAUCUCAAACAGCAGCUAUUCCCAGUUUUUUAACUUUGAUACGUGCCAACCUUCCUUCCCUGUGGUAUUCUUGCUUAUUACAGCCUACACAGUGGUUACAACAGUGGGGCUUUUUGGAAACCUUUGCCUGAUUGUUAUAAUAAAGAGACAGAAAGAAGUUCAAAAUGUUACAAACAUUCUGAUUGCCAACCUCUCUUUAUCAGAUGUCUUGAUCUGCAUCAUGUGUAUUCCCGUCACAGUUGCCUAUACUUUAAUGGACUACUGGAUAUUUGGGGAAGCUAUGUGUAAAAUAAGCUCCUUCAUACAAAGUAUAUCUGUCACAGUCUCCAUUUUCUCACUUGUCCUGAUUGCUGUCGAGAGGUAUCAGUUAAUUGUGAAUCCACGUGGCUGGAAGCCUAACAUUUCACAUGCCUACUGGGGAAUUCUUUUCAUCUGGGUUCUUUCCCUUGUAAUAUCCAUUCCUUUUUUAAUAUUUCACCAAUUAACUGAUGAACCCUUCAAGCAUCUAUCUUUCCAUAGUGACUUCUAUAAGAACAAAGCUGUGUGCAUCGAAGUCUGGCCCUCUGUUACGGAACGACUGAUUUUCACCACUAGCCUGCUGGUUUUCCAGUACUGCUUCCCCCUGGGGUUUAUUUUUGUCUGCUAUCUCAAGAUAUUUGUAUGCCUCCGAAGGAGACACAGUAAAAUAGAUAGGAUGAGAGAGAAUGAGAGCAGACUGAGUGAAAACAAAAGGAUUAAUAUGAUCUUGAUAUCAAUUGUUGUGACCUUUGCAGCGUGCUGGUUGCCUCUCAAUAUAUUCAAUGUUGUUUUUGACUGGAACUAUGAGGCACUGAUGAGCUGCAAUCAUAAUCUGGCAUUUACACUGUGCCACCUUGUGGCCAUGAUCUCAACGUGUAUCAACCCCAUCUUUUAUGGGUUUCUCAACAAGAAUUUUCAGAAGGAUCUGAUAGUAUUAGUUCACCAUUGCAGAUGCUCAGCAUCACAAGAGGAAUAUGAAAACAUUGCCCUUUCAAAUCUGCACACUGAUGUAUCUAAGGGAUCUCUGAAACUAAAUACUCCCCCCGUGGAUAUCUAAAAUAAUCCUGCAGCAGUUCCCAAAAUUUUGUAUUUUGUUGCAGAUGACCUUUUUCUAUAGGUCUUGAUCCUGUUACCCCUGGAGUUAAAGGUGGUUUUUGCCAUUUAGUUCAGCAAAACUGGGAUUAUGCUCCCAAGGGCAGACUGUUAACAGGUACUUUAUGAUGGCAUUAAUGCCAAAGGAAAAAAAAAAAAAAAAG